AUGACACACUACCCAAUCCUCAUCACAUCAGACAUCGUCUGCCCAUGGUGCUACAUAGGCCACACCCGCCUCACCAAAGCCAUCUCCGCCCACAAACAAACCUAUCCAAACGACACCUUCCACCUCCGCUACCUUCCCUUCUACCUCAACCCCCCGCCCCACCUCUCCUCCAACAACCUGCCCGCGUUCCCAGUCUCAUCCGCCAAUAAACGCGACUACAUGGUCGCCAAAUUCGGCGCCCAACGCGCCUCAGACAUUGAAUCCCGUCUCCUCGCCGCCGCCGCCAGCGAAGGCCUAACCUUCUCCAUGGGCGGCAAAACCGGAAUCAGCAGGAACGGGCAUCGCCUCGUGUACUACGGACAGACGCACGGUGGCGAGGAGGGGCAAAACGCCGUCAUGUUGGGUCUGUGGAAGCGGUAUUAUGAGAGGGAAGUGGAUAUUACUGAGCUGGAUGUUCUUGUUGAGGUUGGUGUUGAGGCUGGACUUGGUGGGGCGGAGGAGAUUAGGGAGUUUCUGUUGAGUGGGAGGGAUGGGGUUGAGGUUGAUAAGCUUGCGGAGGAGUCGCGGAUGAAUGGGAUUUCGGGGGUGCCGAAUUAUGUGUUGAUGGAUACGUGGGAGGUUAGUGGUGCACAGGAACCUCAGGUCUUUCAGCAGUUGUUUCGGAGGUGGAAGGAUAUGGAGGCUAAGGGAAAGGUAGCGAGCGGUGAGCCGGCUGAGGAUGCGAAAGCGAAUGCGUGUUUGUAG